UUUCAGAUCACGGCCACCAAAACCCUAGCUAUAAAUCGUAGCCGCUGAUAUCCAAGCUUCCUUUCGAAAGCCAGAGUCGUUGGAGGCUAAAACAUUAGGCAAAGCGCUCUCAGAAACCCUAGUUUCUCCAGUUCUCUUUCAUUAGCCGGAAGCCAUGUCAAGGAGAAAGGUUAGGGAGCCCAAGGAGGAGAAUACUAAUCUUGGCCCUGCUGUACGAGAGGGCGAGCAUGUUUUUGGGGUGGCUCACAUUUUUGCUUCAUUUAAUGACACUUUUAUCCAUGUAACUGAUUUGUCUGGGAGGGAAACAAUGGUUCGCAUCACCGGUGGUAUGAAGGUGAAAGCUGAUAGGGAUGAGUCUUCCCCUUAUGCAGCCAUGCUUGCUGCACAAGAUGUUGCUCAACGUUGCAAGGAGUUGGGUAUUACUGCCUUGCAUAUAAAGCUCCGAGCAACUGGAGGAAACAAGACCAAGACACCUGGUCCUGGUGCCCAGUCAGCACUUAGAGCUCUUGCUCGUUCAGGGAUGAAAAUUGGUCGCAUAGAGGAUGUGACUCCCAUUCCUACUGACAGUACCCGUAGAAAGGGUGGUAGACGUGGAAGAAGGCUGUGAUUCUUUGCUUCCUGCCUCUUUCUCAGCUGCUGCUCAUAUGCUGGAAGUUUUCCUUCUUUUUUAAAACAAUUUCCUGAUUAGAUUCAAGCUUGUUUUGCCCUGUUCUUUUGUUGCACAUUUGUAGUUCUGGAAUGGAUUUUGAUCUGAAUUUACAAAGACAAAAGUUGUGGAACUAUUCAGUCCAACUUUAAAGUUAAGCUUAUAAUUAUUGUUUUUGGUUU